CAUGAUGACUGCUUCGGUGGGAUGUGCAGAGCUCCAGGUGGCGCUAUCCUGGUACCGCAGAGCCUCGCAUCUUCGAAGGGAGAUACGUCCAAUGAAUACCUUAAGGCCGCUAAGCUAGCAUUUUCCGGCGAUGCUGACGGAUACAAGGAGACACUCAGGAGCAUAAACCUCAAGAAGACAGGGCAUAUGCGAAAGGAUAUACUAGGUACCACGGUGUCAGGCAGUGCACGGCUGAUAAUCGUUCCUCAGGUGCAGUUUCUCGUGGGGAAUAUAGCCCUACCUCGGAACAUAGCGCGGCUCAUGCGUGUCCCCGUCAGAUCAAGUGACCCAAGCACUGGAAAAUUUACUAAUACUAUU